CAACGAUAUGAGGAUUACUGGUCUAGCUCAUCUAAAUUAUUCGAAUCUACAACUGAACCUGAAUAAUCGCUUGGUUUUUCAUUCAUAUUUCAAGAUGCCUAUGACUAAACUACAGAGUUCAGAUGGAGAGGUGUUUGAAGUAGAUGUUGAGAUUGCUAAACAAUCUGUCACUAUUAAAACCAUGUUAGAAGAUUUGGGUAUGGAUGAGGAUGAACCUGUUCCACUACCUAAUGUUAAUGCUGCUAUAUUAAAGAAGGUAAUUCAAUGGUGUACCUUCCAUCGUGAUGACCCUCCACCACCUUAAGAUGAUGAAAACAAAGAAAAAAGAACAGAUGAUGUUUGCUCCUGGGAUGCAGAAUUUCUUAAAGUUGACCAGGGCACCUUGUUUGAGUUGAUUUUGGCUGCCAACUACUUAGAUAUCAAAGGCUUGCUUAAUGUAACUUGCAAAACUGUAGCAAAUAUGAUCAAAGGGAAGUCCGCAGAGGAAAUCAGGAAAACUUUUAACAUUAAAAAUGAUUUCACACCAGCAAAGGAAGAGCAAGUAAGAAAGGAAAAUGAGUGGUGUGAAGAAAAGUAGAUCAGAAUACU